UUUUGUUUUACAGCAUAUUUUACCAUAUUUUCACGAGUUAUUCGGUCACAGUUUUCCUUUGCCAACAUAGAUCAUUUUCAGGCAUGUUGCUCGGAACCCGAAUGUAACGGACGUUCUAGAGCUGUAGUGGACCUGACCGAUCUGUAUAGGAAGUCCAGAUGAACCGACUGCUGCUGUUGUGAGGUCUUCUGUGUUCAACGUGGUCUCAACCGUAUCUACCGGCUCCUCUUUUCUCCGUGAAGAGAAAGCGGCUGUUGUUUCUGGUUGGCUGGUCUGUCACACUGAGAUUGAGGUGAACUCACUGCCCUUUUCACUAACCGUUCUGGUUGGCUGGUCUGUCGCACUGAGAUUGAGGUGAAGUCACUGCCCUUUUCACUAACCGUUCUGGUUGGCUAGUCUGUCGCACUGAGAUUGAGGUGAAGUCACUGCCCUUUUCACUAACCGUUCUGGUUGGCUGGUCUGUCACACUGAGAUUGAGGUGAAGUCACUGCCCUUUUCACUAACCGCCGACUGUGAGAGAAACUGUGUGGAUUGUUUCACAACUAUCUUGGCUGUUCAGAGACGAAGAGCAUAGAGAAGUCUGUCUACUGGGACUGUCAAUACGUCCGUCAAUCAAACAAUAGACGUAUUGAUCAGUGACCGACCUGCACUGCUCAGUGUGUCCUCUGUGGACCUCCAUCCAGACUCGCCCUCUCUCCCACCCCUUCUUGCCCGGGGACAAAGUCAGGUUGAGUGGGAUGGCUGAGGGGCAUGCUGGGCACUACCCCCAGGUGUUCGUGGUGGACAGCCAGGCGAGCUACACCCCCUUGCCCAGCGGGAGGCACUUUAGGUGGGGAGGGAUCGGCCGGAGAGCCCUUCAGCUCCUGGUGGGUCUUGCGCUGGUCGGGAUCGUCAUGGAAGCCUGCUUUAUCGUGCACUUGUACAACAGGACAGGGGCCCUGAUCAAUGCUCAAUCCUUUAUCCAGAGGAGUGGCUCAGCUCAGGGUCUGACUGGAUCUGAAGAGACCAACGAGAUUUUAGUCAAGCCUACGAGGAGGACACGCCCACCUGAGAUCCAACAGAAACCCUCAGCACACUUGAUAGGCUCCCCCUGGUCAGUGCGUGAGGAUAGUGUCGUUCAGUGGGAAUCAGACAAGGGCCUGUCUGCCUUCACAGAUCAGAUGGACUACAAAGAUGGCCACCUGGUAGUACAGAGGGAAGGGCACUAUUAUGUCUACUCCAAAGUGCACUUCGUUGAAGACUGCUUUCUGUUCAAACACAAGGUGAUGAGGCUCACCGAUGGUUACAAAAACAAACCUCUUGUGUUGAUGAAAUCUAACAGGUUCCAUUGUACUUCCCAGGAUUCCAGACCAAAGAAGAUUUCUUAUCAGAAUCUUCUGAACAGCUACCUGGGCGGAGUCUUCCAUCUGUUGCCUGGAGACAUCAUCUAUGUAACCGUGGACAACGGGACGCUCCUGAGACCUGGAGCUGAAGAUCAUUUCAUGGGGGCAUUCAUGAUUUAGGAGACGGUGUGUAUUGACACACACUCAUACGUACAUUUGUCAAUCAGAUUCGUGUGUCAGUUAUGUUAUUUCGACGUAUAGAUUCUAACCAAGGUGUGUUAUAGAGAAUCAAACGAGAAAACAGACAAUUGGCUUUUUCAAGGUAUUUUAACCUUGAGGCAAUAUCUGCAGCUUUUACCGUGAAUGCCAUCUCGGCAAAUGGUGGGGAAAAUGCCUUUAAAACAUCCAUUGUCGGCUGUCUAGUGUAGUUUUUCUCAAUCCUGGUCCUGGGGACCCAAAGGGGUGCAACAACCUGCUGAAGAGUUGACUACUUGAAUGAACUGUGGGAGUACUACAAACAACAGCACCCUCAACCAGGACUGAGAACUAUUGGACAACAGCACCACGACCAGGACUGAGAAACAUUGGGCUAGUACUACAAACAACAGCACCCACGACCAGGACUGAGAACUAUUGGGCAACAGCACCACGACCAGGACUGAGAACUAUUGGGCAACAGCACCACGACCAGGACUGAGAAACAUUGGGCUAGUACUACAAACAACAGCACCAUGACCAGGACUGAGAAACAUUGGGCUAGUGCUACAAACAACAGCACCCACGACCAGGACUGAGAACUAUUGGGCUAGUGCUACAAACAACAGCACCAUGACCAGGACUGAGAAACAUUGGGCUAGUACUACAAACAACAGCACCACGACCAGGACUGAGAACUAUUGGGCUAGUGCUACAAACAACAGCACCCACGACCAGGACUGAGAAACAUUGGGCAACAGCACCACGACCAGGACUGAGAAACAUUGGGCUAGUACUACAAACAACAGCACCAUGACCAGGACUGAGAAACAUUGGGAUAGUACUACAAACAACAGCACCCACGACCAGGACUGAGAACUAUUGGGCUAGUGCUACAAACAACAGCACCCAUGACCAGGACUGAGAAACAUUGGGCUAGUACUACAAACAACAGCACCACGACCAGGACUGAGAACUAUUGGGCUAGUGCUACAAACAACAGCACCCACGACCAGGACUGAGAAACAUUGGGCUAGUACUACAAACAACAGCACCCACGACCAGGACUGAGAAACAUUGGGCUAGUACUACAAACAACAGCACCCACGGCCAGGACUGAGAACUAUUGGGCUAGUGCUACAAACAACAGCACCACGACCAGGACUGAGAACUAUUGGGCAACAGCACCACGACCAGGACUGAGAAACAUUGGGCUAGUACUACAAACAACAGCACCAUGACCAGGACUGAGAAACAUUGGGCUAGUACUACAAACAACAGCACCACGACCAGGACUGAGAAACACUGGGCAACAGCACCACGACCAGGACUGAGAAACAUUGGGCUAGUGCUACAAGCAACAGCACCACGACCAGGACUGAGAAACACUGGGCUAGUACUACAAACAACAGCACCACGACCAGGACUGAGAAACACUGGGCUAGUACUACAAACAACAGCACCACGACCAGGACUGAGAAACACUGGGCAACAGCACCACGACCAGGACUGAGAAACAUUGGGCUAGUGCUACAAACAACAGCACCACGACCAGGACUGAGAAACACUGGGCUAGUACUACAAACAACAGCACCACGACCAGGACUGAGAAACACUGGGCUAGUACUACAAACAACAGCACCACGACCAGGACUGAGAAACAUUGGGCAACAGCACCAUGACCAGGACUGAGAAACAUUGGGCAACAGCACCACGACCAGGACUGAGAACUAUUGGGCAACAGCACCACGACCAGGACUGAGAACUAUUGGGCAACAGCACCACGACCAGGACUGAGAACUAUUGGGCAACAGCACCACGACCAGGACUGAGAAACACUGGGCAACAGCACCACGACCAGGACUGAGAACUAUUGGGCUAGUACUACAAACAACAGCACCAUGACCAGGACUGAGAAACAUUGGGCUAGUACUACAAACAACAGCACCCACGACCAGGACUGAGAAACAUUGGGCUAGUGCUACAAGCAACAGCACCACGACCAGGACUGAGAAACAUUGGGCUAGUGCUACAAACAACAGCACCACGACCAGGACUGAGAAACAUUGGGCAACAGCACCACGACCAGGACUGAGAAACAUUGGGAUAGUGCUACAAACAACAGCACCACGACCAGGACUGAGAAACAUUGGGCAACAGCACCACGACCAGGACUGAGAAACAUUGGGCUAGUGCUACAAACAACAGCACCACGACCAGGACUGAGAAACAUUGGGCUAGUACUACAAACAACAGCACCACGACCAGGACUGAGAAACACUGGGCAACAGCACCACGACCAGGACUGAGAACUAUUGGGCAACAGCACCACGACCAGGACUGAGAACUAUUGGACAACAGCACCAGGACUGAGAACUAUUGGGCAACAGCACCACGACCAGGACUGAGAAACAUUGGGCUAGUGCUACAAACAACAGCACCACGAUCAGGACUGAGAAACACUGGGCUAGUGGGCUCUUUUAUACCUUGCAUUGGAUUGAAUCCUGGCUUUGUUGCUUUUGGACGCUGGACAUUUAAAUUGAAGUAAAACAGUAUCAAAGUAUAGGAUGGAGUCCCUGUCUUGUUUAUAGAUGGUUAUAUGUUUAUUUAUAUAUAUAUAUAUAUAUAUAUAUAUUGUUCUAUAUUUAUAUAUAUGGUUCUAA